GUGCAAACAAUGAGCAGCGGCCAGUCCCCUAUGAAAAUUGAAACGAAAAGGAAAAACCCUUUCCAAAACUUCAACCCGCAAAGAAAUAAGAAAAAAGGGGGAAAAAAAAUCCUUUCCUCUACAGUAACCAUUGUUCUUGGAUGAUGGCUUGUUCAAAAUCAAAGACUCUGAUGUGGAGGAUGACGCCAUCCCUUUUCCAGUAUCUACAGCGUUCUUCAUUUGCUGCUGCUGCUAAGAGUCCUAAACUCGUAGGGAAGAAGGAUUUUGCCGAUGACGAAGACGACGUCGUCAAUGAAGGUUCUUCCGGAGUUGGGGUGGGGCUCAGUUCCGGAAUUAGCAGACCCUUGUCUGAAAUAUUGAAAGAGCUGAACAAGAAAGUUCCUGACUCUCUCAUCACCACCCGCUUCGACCCCUCCUCUGGCUCUUCUAUCAGAUAUAUCCCUUGGCACAUAGUCAAUCGGAUUAUGAACUUACAUGCUCCGGAGUGGUCUGGUGAGGUGCGCAACAUCAUUUAUUCUGCUGAUGGGAAGUCUGUUUCAGUUGUUUAUCGUGUAACGCUCUAUGGGACAGAUGCGGAGGUAUCAAUUUCUCCCUCAAGUUUUUGUGUAUAAUCCCGUUUUCUUUCAUUAUGUUUUGGUAUUUGUGGGAUAUUGAAGACGUUAACUCUCAAAUCUGGUUUACAUUCUUGAUAAGUUCAGAAUGUUCCUUUCGCAACAACCUGUCUCGUUUAUGAGAUUUAGGCCUUUUGACAGUGCAAAGUCUUAGCUUUACUGAUCAAACAUACUGGUCUUGAUUAAGCCAGCAAUCUUUCUGUGCCGUAUUUUGGUAUUUUAACACCUCACUGCAGCUAAAUGUUUAACUGCUACGACUUCAUUAGUUUGAUGUUAUAUCUAGGAUCAAAACCUACUUUUGAUCUUUACUGAAACUAAAGAGGCCAAGACACCUAUUGGCUCUUGUCAUUCGCCAAUAUUAGAUAUGGAAUUUUGAUCAUCUUUUUCAGAUUUAAUUUUUCUUAGUAAUUGGAAUUAUAUGUCAAGUCACUUCGUCGUAAUAUUCUCAAAGAAAAAAAGAAGAUUUUAAAUGAGACAGAAAAAAGAAAAGAUCUACUUGUUUCGGACCAUAUUGCCUUUGUCCUGGUUAUAAGAGCAUCCGCUCUUUAUGGACCUUCUGCCACUCUGGUUUCUGGCUUAUUGAUCUUGCCAAAAACGCCUAGUUUAAAGUAACCCAUUUGUUGAUAGUAGAAUAAAUUGUGUGUAUAAAGCUGUAAAUCAUCCGUGGUAGAUCUACCGGGAGUCAACUGGAACUGCUUCAGUGGAUGAAGCAACUGGAUAUGGAGAUGCAGUGCAGAAGGCAGAAGCAAUGGCGUUUCGUAGAGCUUGUGCUCGAUUGGGGCUGGGUCUCCAUCUGUAUCAUGAAGACACCUUGUAGGGGGGUUUUGAUUAGAGCUGACAGUUUUGUAUGCUGCUGGUGAUGGCUUAAUGUGACUGCUAGGGUGCGUAGGCAUUUUGUAUGCUGCUGGUUAUGGCUUAACAUGACUGCUAGGGUAGGUAGGCAAUGUAUGUUUUAGUUCUGAAUGAUACUGUAAUUUCUGAAGUUAAGUUGGAGAAGUUGGAAACUCUUUUGAGGCAAUAAUGAUGUAAUUCUACAGUGGUAGACUUAAGGGAAUUGUAAGUUCAAUUGCCACAAUAUCUGUAAAUUGGUAUCAUUAUGUAAGCGGCAAUGUGUUUUGGCCUCUGUUUAUCCAAAAGCAGAUGGUGAAACUGAAAUCUAUGUCCAAAAGCAGCACGCUAUAUUAUUGCUUUCAAUAGUUUAGUUUCACUUCACUUU